AUGUGUGGCGCCCUACAACUUCUCUGCGGCAUCCGCUACAAGACAUGGACGUACCUGAUUGCCAUGUUGCUGGCCUGCGUCGACCAGGCGCUCGGAUACGUUGGCCGUGUGAUACUGCACAACAAUCCGUUCGACAGAGUGGGCUUCCAGAUCCAGAUUUGCUGUCUGAUCUUGGGACCUGCCUUCAACUCUGCCGCCAUCUACCUGGUUCUCAAGCACAUCACCCUUGCUUUCGGGCCACAGUACUCCAAGAUCAGACCGAACUGGUACACAUGGAUUUUCAUCACCGGAGACCUCAUAUCCCUGAUCAUCCAGGCAAUUGGCGGCGGCAUGGCUGCCACGGCCGACGACAACCAAUCCCAGCAAGACACGGGCGACAACUUGAUGAUGGCCGGUAUUGCCUUCCAGGUGGUCACCUUGAUCUUCUUCGGCAGUGCUGCGUCGUGGUACGUCUUCAGCCGCUGGCGAGGGCGCGACGAACCCCUAUCCCGCGAGGCGAGCGGCUUUCUGAGUGACAGGAAAUUCCGGCUCUUUGUGUACGGCUUCAUCGUCGCCUACGUGGCGAUUCUGAUUCGGUGUAUCUACCGUAUCGUCGAAAUGGCUGGUGGGUGGGCGAACCCAGUGAUGCAGUUUGAGCCUGCCUUUAUCGCGCUUGAUGGAUGCAUGGUCAUCAUCGCCACACUGGUCCAAACCAUCCUGCACCCAGGGUUUUGCUUCCCCCGCCUAUCAAGCGCAUACGUCCCGCCUCAGUCGACGUCGAGCGUGUCCGCAGCUCCCAAGGAGUACAAUCCGUCAAGCAUGCUCUCGACACCUCCCGGCGAGUCGGUCGAGAUUGAAAGGGAGAAGCAGGGUUCGGUAGAUGAAGGACCGUGCAACACCCAGCGCCAGCUUGACAUGCCAAAUUCCACCAAGGGCGAUGCCGGACAGGAGAACGUCGUUGGUAUCAUCGCCACCGUUGAUGCCACUGUCUCUUUCGCCGUCACGAUCCUGGUCGUCGCCGUCAAGGCCAUGGUCGAGGUCGUUGUCAUCGUGGUCAUCAUGGUCAUCUUCUUUGUGGCAGUCGACACCACGACCUCCGCUAUCGCAGUUACGAUCGUCAUGAUGGCCGUGGUGCACAAGAUGUACAACUCCAGGGGACGGACGGGUGGACGGGUGGACGGGUAG